UCAGAUUCUCCCUUUUCACAUCCUAAUAUUUGGCAGUUUUCAACUGAGAGUGGAUUUACAAGAAAACCCCAAAUUAUCAAACUUUAUCCGUCGAUCGGUUUCAUUCUGCAAUUCUUCAGCCUAAUCAAGUGGAGUGAACUUUUAUUUUGGAUAUAAAAUGCAUCAAGCAAGGAAACCCUGCAGGUCUAUUAGCAAUAAAAAUGCAAAUAUGUACAUGGACCUCAAAGAUAUUCUUAGAGAAAAUGCCCUUCGUUUUCUUCCGGCUAAAUCGCUUUAUCGAUUCAAUGGGGUUUGUCGUGAUUGGAAGUUGCAUAUUUCAACUCCUUUCUUUCUUCAUAACCAGUCAAAUUCCUUUCGUGGUGUGUCGGGCUUAUUUUGUCAAUCUGAUAAAGGCCUGCCAACAUUUAUUUCCCUUGAUUCAAUGGCCUUUGGAGUUCCAGACCCAUCUUUGAAGUUCUUGCCUGAACUUGUCAACAUCAAAUCUUCUUCAAAUGGACUUCUCUGUUGUCAGGGUACGACUGGCCAUAGAGCUUACUACAUCUGCAAUCCGGUCACUAAGCAGUGGAAGAAACUUCCUAAACCAUCUGUUGACCAUGGUUCUGACUCGGCUAUUAUGCUUAUCUAUGAGCCAUCAUUACUUAACUUCGCUGCCGAAUACAAGCUUGUUUGUGCAUUUCAAUCUGACCUGGAUGGAUUAGAAUUUGAUAUUUAUUCCUCUGCUCAAGAUUCUUGGAGACUGUCUGGUGAAAUUUGUUUCGGCAAUCGGCAGAUUGUUCCCUCUACAGGUGUUUAUGCUGGCGGCGUUGCCUAUUGGCGGUCAGGGAGUGUGAAAAUUGUUGCUUUUGAUGUUGCAACUGAACGAUCUACGCUCCUUAACUCCGCUACAGGUACGCUCACUGCGGUGGAUGGGAAGCUUUGUUUUGCUUGUGUGCAAGGUAACAGUGUAAUCAUAUCAGAGUUGUCAAAUGCCUACACAAACACUAUGCAAAUGGGUAGCCGUACAAAUGCAUGGACAACAAAAAAGAUAACUUUGAAAAGGAAAGAUGGUUUGAAUUUUGAUGUUGAGGGAAGAGUGAUGUUUUUCGGUGAUGUUCUGGUGACUCAGUCGACAGAGAAGAAAUGCAUUUCAUACAACUUGAAGACUGAAGAAAUCAAGGAAUUGGGUAAAGCAGAAUAUCAUGAAAGAAUGUUUCCCUAUGUCAACAGCCUUGUCGAGAUAUAGUUACAAUGGGCUGCCAUAGUGAGGAUGUUCAGGUUUCAUUUUUUUUUUUCUUUCGGAUUUGGCUAUGUCACAAUAUCUUUUUGGUUUUCAGUUUGCUGUGCAAUUGAUUUGAUUAUUCU